AUGGUUUCCCCAAGAGAAUCCACUCCAGAAUCCAACACCCAAACCAUCAAAUCUGGCAAAGUGACGAAGCCAGAAAGAGUCGUAGAGGUGAAGGAGAACACCUCACCCAACGAAACAAAGCCAAGCCUUCGGCUCAAAAUCAGCCCAAAAGCAUGGGCUCAGGCUGAACGAAAAGAAGAAAAGAAAAAAAGAAGAAGAUAA